AUGCCCCCGCGAGCGCGUCGCGCUGCGACGUUCACCAAUGUCCGCUCCAUAGGCAAGCUCGAACGCUUCUCUCGACGCUGCAGCAGCAACGAACCAUGCAAGGCACUGCAGGUCUCGCAGCCGAACGACGACCGUGCGCAUGCUGCCAAAACCGCACCGCAAUGCUUCCUCGCGGUGCUCACAGUCGAUCACUCGGUCGAUCACUCAGCGGUCAGCGCGUCAUUGAAGAUGACCGCGCACAGGGCCAGCCGUUCCCCGGAAACGCUCGAUUGGAUCAGAGAGCAGUAUGCGCUGUAUGCAGCGUCUCACAGCGAGUCGUUGGACACCACAACCGCACGCCGUAGCCAGCUUCAAAGCCCCAACGAGCACACCAUGCCCGCAGCAUCCGUGGACAUUGUGUGCGCAGAUGCGACCUUCCUCCGCUCUCAAAGCCAAGUCUGGGCUGCAACGCAAGCAGAGCACGAUGGGGGCGCGCUGUCGGGUCAGUAUGCACGCGAAUCUCGCGAAUUCAAGCCGUCUGUCACUGCUGCGGAAGAGUGCACGGGGCCAGGCUUCCCGGAGAGUCCUAUCCCGUACACUCAAGAAUGCGACGGCUCGGCGUUCGUGGACGUCGUGCGCACGGACGCGACCUGUGCCCUUUCUCAGUUCUCGUAG